UGUGAGAAACCCAACUCAAACAGUAAACGGUCCUCGGAGCAGUCCACAGAUUUGUUUACAGCCGUGAAGAAGUACCAACUCAUGGACAGAGCUGUCAUGUCUCGGGAGCUGGGACCUCUCAUCAUGAGAGAGAAUGAGAGGUGGACGCAUAUUGUUGUGGAUCUGGUGCAGACGAAGACGAUUCCUUACAUCAUUUUAUUUCUGGCCACAGAAGAUGGAAAAGUCCGGAAAAUGGUUCGAUUUCCCGGCACGGAGAAAACUUGUUUGAUUGAAGAGAUUAAAAUAGUAGCCAACGGGCAUCCUCGACCUGUGAAGAACAUGAAAAUAUCAUCGAGAAAAGGGGCAAUAUACAUCUCCACAGAGGGCGACAUUCUCAAAGUUCCAGUCGAACGGUGUCAUCGGUUCUCAAACAGAAGAAUGUGUCUGGAUGCUCAAGACCCAUACUGUGGCUGGGACACCAUACUUGAUGUCUGCUCACCAGCACCCAAUGGCGAUCCUGACUCCGUGUUCUGGGAGCAGGAUUUCAAACACUGUCCUGUUCUUGACUAUCAAGUUGAUGGAGGUUGGUCUGAGUGGUCAGAAUGGAGUACAUGUAGCCAGGUUGGUCUUGAUCGAGCCAUCGAAAAAUGUUUGUGCAGAUCCAGGUCGUGUGACAACCCCAAGCCAUCUCUAAAUGGACGUCCUUGUGGCGAACCAACAAUGGAAGUUAGUAAUUGCACAGUUCAUGGUGCCUGGACGGAGUGGUCGGCCUGGUCAGCCUGCUCGCAGACGUGUGGCAUGAGCCACAGACAACGAUCACGUCGCUGUGGUAACCCUUCUCCUAGGUUUGGAGGUAAUGAUUGUCCAGGCAAAGAUAAAGACAUAGAAACUUGCCCGGACAGUGUGGAGUGUCCACUGGUCCCUGUAGAUGGCUCCUGGUCCAGCUGGUCCGGGUGGAGCACAUGUACAACAAACUGUAACGGUGGAAUACAGACUCGCAAACGAUCCUGUGAUCGCCCACCUCCCGAUCGAGGUGGUCUGCUGUGUACAGGGAACAGAGAGGAGUGGAGGAUGUGUAAUACUCAUAAAUGUACAGAAAUUUCCAAGUCAUCACCUUGGACAGAAUGGAUACAAACAAAUAGAACAGCGGGUGGCUAUUUUCAACAAAGAUUUCGCUUCACCUGUCGAGCAAACGUUGAAAACAGCAAAGAUAUUAAAACUUCAUUUGCUAAAGCCCAGGCUCAAUUCUGCUUCAAUAGCAACAAAGGCUGCUACAAGCCCAACGAACUUUCCGAUGGCAUCACAAGUAUAGACACUUUCACUGCAGUAGAUAGGGUGCUUAAAAAUUAUUGCCGGCAAAGGCGGAGACUGUUCAAAAAAUACUGCAAUUGUCGGACAUUAGGCGUCUUUUUAGUGUGUCAAAAAUGCGGGUUUGGAUGA